UUGAUUGUCAAAAUCAAACAAAAGUGAGGUUAUAGUAAAUAACAAUCCAAAAUAUACAACUCAUUCUCAUUAUUUUGUCUCUUAAACUUAAAUAUUAUUAUUGAAAAAUGACUAAAAUCAACGAAGUAACGUCCCUGUACAAACAACUAAAAGCCGAAUGGACUUCGCACAAAAACCUAAGCAAAUGCGAAAAACUCCUCUCCGAAUUGAAGCUGGAACUUACCCAACUAAUAUUCUUGCCCACUUCAAACGUAAGCGCCUCCCAACAAGAAUUACUCCUGGCCAGAGACGUAUUGGAAAUUGGAGUGCAAUGGGCCAUUGAGGCUAACAACAUUCCGGCCUUUGAAAGGUACAUGGCCCAAUUGAAAUGCUACUAUUUCGAUUACCAAACCCAACUGGAAGAGUCGGCCUACAAGUACCAACUUCUAGGCUUAAACUUGUUGUUUUUACUAAGCCAAAACCGUGUAGCUGAGUUUCAUAACGAGCUUGAACUAUUGCCUGUUGAUCAUAUUCAAAACGAUGUUUACAUAAGGCAUCCUUUGAGUAUUGAGCAGUAUUUGAUGGAGGGUAGCUACAAUAAGAUUUUUUUGGCCAAGGGCAACGUGCCAGCUAAAAGCUACAACUUGUUUAUGGACAUUUUGCUUGACACUAUUCGUGGAGAAAUUGCUGCUUGUCUUGAAAGCUCUUAUGAGAAAAUUUCAGCUAAAGAUGCUGCAAGGAUGUUGUAUUUGCAGAGUGAGGAAGCUUUAAAGUCUAUUGCAACAAAGAGGAAGUGGACAUUGGGCAAGGGUAAUUUCUUCCACUUUACUCCUGAAGUUAAAAAGACUCAUGAGCCUAUUCCUUCUGUGGAAUUGGCUGUUCAAGCUGUUGAGUACGCUAAGGAAUUGGAAAUGAUUGUUUAAAUAUUAUUAGUUUUAAUAAACAUAUUUAGUUUAAAGGGAUACAGUGUUGCUUGUUUUCACCCAUAAAAU